GAAAUAUGUGUCAUUAUGUCAUCUAAUAUGUUUUAUAUUUGAUUUUAUAUUAUUAUAUAACAAGUUAAGAUAAAGAUUAAGUACAGAUCACUGCACAAAUACAUUCAAAUGUUUUUUCGAACAUUUCAUUGAAAUUUAAGUGACCCAAAAAAAAUACUAUGUCUCAAAAUUUUAAUCGUUCCGGACCAUUUAUAGGAGCAAUAGACGAAGGAACAAGUAGCGCUAGAUUUUUAGUAUUUGAUGUAUUGCGUAGAAAAGUAGUAGCAUCACACCAAAUUGAAAUCAAGCAGAAGUAUCCGCAGGAAGGAUGGGUGGAACAAGAUCCAAAAGAAAUUUUACAAGCUGUUAUCGAUUGCAUCAAGAUAACAGUAGAAAAAUUAAAGGAUAUUGGUUUAAGCGUAUCUGACAUCAAAGCAAUUGGGAUUACCAAUCAACGAGAAACCACUUUAAUGUGGGAUAGAAAUACGGGAGAACCAUUGCACAAUGCAAUUGUGUGGUUGGAUAUGAGAACAACUACAACUUUAGAGGAUAUAUUGGAUAGUGUGCCUAACAAAACAAGAAAUAAAAAUUACUUAAAACCACUUUGUGGCCUUCCAAUGUCACCAUAUUUUAGUGCUCUUAAAAUACGUUGGCUUAUUGAUAACGUUCCUCGUAUUAAACAUGCAGUGGAUGAAAAAAAAUGUGUAUUUGGAACAAUUGAUACAUGGCUUAUUUGGAAUCUUACUAAGGGGCAACUGCACAUAACAGAUGUUUCAAAUGCAUCUCGUACUAUGUUAAUGAACAUAGAAUCAUUGAAAUGGGAUCCUCUGUUGUGCCGAUUUUUUGGAAUUCCACAACAUAUUCUUCCUGAAAUACGCUCUAGUGCUGAAAUGUAUGGAACAGUUUCUAAUCCUUCAGUUCUUGCUGGUGUACCUAUAGCAGGGUGUGUAGGUGAUCAACAAGGAGCUCUGCUUGGUCAGUUAUGUUUAAAGCCUGGACAAGCAAAAGCUACUUAUGGAACUGGUUGCUUCUUGCUGUAUAAUACUGGAAGUGUUAAAAUAGAUUCAAAUCAGGGUCUUAUAACAACUAUUGCAUAUAAAAUGGGUAAAGCUCCAGCAACUUAUGCACUAGAAGGAUCUGUAGCUGUAGCUGGAGCAGCAUUAUCAUGGUUACGCGAUAACAUGCAGCUGUUUAACAACAUUGCACAGUCCCAAGAAAUGGCAGAACAUGUAAAAUGUACUGGAGAUGUAUACUUUGUACCUGCAUUCUCUGGUUUAUAUGCCCCAUAUUGGGAACAAGAUGCUAGGGGAAUAAUUUGUGGUAUUACUGAAGAUACACAACAGUACCAUAUCGUUCGAGCAACUUUAGAAGCUGUUUGCUUUCAAACAAGAGAUAUUUUAGAAGCAAUGGUUAAAGAUUCAGGGACGAAACUAACGACAUUACAAGUCGAUGGUGGAAUGACAGUAAAUAAUUUACUUAUGCAGUUACAAGCUGAUUUAACUGGAAUAAGCGUGGUACGACCUAAUAUGGUAGAAUCAACAGCAUUAGGGGCUGCUAUAUUAGCUGGUGUUGGAGCAGGAAUCAUAGACAUUAAUGAUGUAGAUGCAUCCCAAGUCACAAAAUUUUCACCUGCUAUUGGAGAAGAUGAGAGAGACUUGAGGUACUCAAAAUGGAAGAUGGCUGUGGAAAGAUCUAUGAAUUGGGAUUGUUCUUCCACUUUUAAAUAAUAAUCAAAUGAGUUGAAAAGUAAGUAUGCACAGCAGUUUAGCAUUUGUUAAUUCAAUUUUAAUGAAAAUAUACAAGAAUAUCUAAUUAGAGUUAUUCUUGGAAUAUAUGUAUAUAUAUUUAUUUUUUUCUGAAUAUUAAUGUCACUAUAUGUCACACAACAUAUUUAAACGCAACAAUCGAAAUAGGCUUUACAUGAAUGAAAAACUCAAUAUUAUAUAUGUAGCAUGUAAUACAUAUUAUUUUCCAAAAAUGUGAUGUCAGAUAAGAACAAUGUUGUUAUAUUAUUUUGUGAAAUAUUACGCACAUUUUAUUAA